AGAUCUAAAAUCAAGUACGGUACAGUACAACAGCCCCUCAUUUCCUUGCUCUGCAACACCAACUUUCGGCCAAGACCAUGCUUCUCCCUAAGUAGUCAUUCAGCUGUCUGCACCAUCACUUCAAUUCCCUCAUGUAUAGAACUCAGCUACUCAAGUAAUAGCCAACAAAAGUCAUCAUUCCCUUCAUUUUACACUAACACUCUGCGGGGAAAGACAAAGAGUUUCUUUCAACUCAAAUCUGGACUCAAGAGCUUCUAUCCAUUGAACUCUACAGCAGCCUACCAACAUAAAGCAUUCAAGGUACCUACUAAGAGCAUCCACAACGCCUACACGAUAGCUGCUUACUCGUGUAAGUGUGCUAUCGGAGCUCAUGGUGUAGGUCUCCUCAAAAAAACAAUUACUUCCUUAUCAAAUUGGGUGCUUCAAUUCUUCUAGUGGCUCUUGCAUUUAUGCUUAUGUACAACAAAUCCUCUGAUUCUUCCCCAGUUUUAAACUCCCCUUUUCUCCAAAACACGAUUUCUGGUGAUUCUGUGGGAAAUACAGAUCAAAUUUCCAGCAAAGAGUCCAUAGGCAGUGAAGAAAAGUGCAAUCUUUUCAUAGGGGAGUGGGUGUAUCAAGCAGAACCUCUCUACACAAAUAGUAGCUGCAGCUUCAUUGAGGACCACCAGAAUUGUAUGAAAAAUGGGCGGCCCAACUCGGAUUAUCUUUACUGGAGGUGGAAACCCCGGGACUGUGAGUUGGGCCGGCUUGAUCCUGGGAGGUUCCUGGAGUUGAUGAGGAACAAAAGCUGGGCAUUCAUUGGUGAUUCGAUUUCAAGAAACCAUGUCCAUUCCAUCCUUUGCGGACUCUCAAUGGUUGAAAGCCCUAUCGAAGUUUACCACGACGAGAGCUACAAAUCUCGAAGAUGGCUCUUCCCAUUGCACAACUUCACCUUAUCAGCUGUCUGGGCUCCUUUCCUAACUUACGCCGCGACCUUUGAAGAUAACAACGGCGUUUCCACAUCCGAUAUCCAACUGCACCUUGAUGUGCUAGACAAGAAUUGGACCGAGCAGUACAAGAGCCAUGACUACGUGAUGGUAUCCGUUGGCAAAUGGUUCACAAAAACUGCAAUCUACUACGAGAACAACACCGUGCUGGGCUGUUAUAACUGCACCAACAGCGACCUCACCAAGCUGCGUUUCAACUUUGCAUACCGCAGAGCCAUGAGGACUGUCUUCGACUACAUCAUAGCAUCAAAUCACGAGGGCGUGACCUUUUACAGGACCUCCUCACCGGAUCACUUUGAGGGGGGCGAGUGGUUCAGUGGUGGAACGUGUAAGAGGAAAGCACCGGUGAAGGAAGGGGGGUUCGAGCUAAACAAGCCGGACAAGCUCCUACGUGACGUGGAGGUGGAGGAAUUGGAGAAGAUGUUAGCAAAAGCAUCGGAGAGGGGCGUGAAUAUCAGGCUUUUUGACGUGCAUCUCAUGUCAUUGUUGAGACCCGAUGGGCACCCUGGACCCUACAGAUUUUAUCAGCCAUUUGUGCAAGACGCAAACGCGAAGGUGAUAAACGAUUGCCUGCAUUGGUGCCUGCCUGGCCCUAUUGAUUCUUGGAAUGAUGUUUUGAUGGAGAUGAUCUUAAAUGGUUGAGAGAAUUGGUGAUUCUUGCAGUAUUGAUCAAUGGUGGUGGAUUGAUGAGGAAAGUGGUAGGAUGAUUUUGGUGAGAUUUUGAAGAAGUUGAUUGUUUUACAUUUGGAGUUGGAGGUGAAGAAUCACUUUUUCUUGACUCUCAAAAACGAGAGUUGAAAAGCAUUUACAUUAGAUGAGGGUUGGAUUGAUGGCUUUUUGUUUAGUAGGAAUACAAUAUUAGUGUUGAACUUGUAUGUUGUUUAAAUGUCAUUACAUAAAAUUGACAUC